AGCAAAACCAUGGGCAGUUUUCUGUCGAACGCAAAAACAAAAACUAGUUGCUCCCAUCUCUGUAUAUUACUCUCUCUCUAUCUCUUCUUUAACGCGCAUUCUAAUGGCACCACUCCCUAUGCCAUCUCUCUCUCACUCACUUUCUUUCUGUCUCCAUUUUUAAAGCCUGAAUAACCAGUAAUUUUCUUUUUUAAAAUUUUUAUUUUCUCUGUAUUGAAGGAGGAGUUAACUUUUUCAGGCCUCCUUGUUGAUGGUACGUCUCGAGUUCAAUCUUUCAGUUCUUGGCUUUGGGCAAUCAUCGUUUCUGGGUUUUGUUCUAAAAUUCAGUUCAUUUACUGGGUAUGUUUCCUUCGAACUCGUCUGCUAAGCAGCAGCGACUUUUAGUAUAUAUGUGCAUUUAAAGUUCUGAACUUUACAUAAUCAUAUGCAUUUGCUGAAGUGUGUCUUUUAGGGCGUUAUUUAUGCUCAAUAAUCUUGAACCCAAUAGGAAGUUGAAGAAAGUAGUUGAUGUCAUUUUUUUGUUUUUUUGCUUUUUGUUGUUAUUAGUAGAAUAGAAAAGCUUUUGUUUUGAUGGAACACAAUGGUUUAGCUGGUGGGAUAUUUUCAGGGAUGGGAUCAGGAGUGCUAGGACUAGAAAUGCCACUACACCAAGAACAAAAUCCUCAAAACCCACAUCACUUGCACCACCCACAAAUUGUAGCCUAUGCCCAUCAUGAAUCAGAUCAUCACCCCCAAACACAACAAUCUAUGAAACAUCCUUACCCUUAUGCCUCUGCAAAACCAAAACCACAAUCACCACCUAGUGAUGAAGAUGAGCAUUUUAUUGGAGAUGAUGUGACUAGUGAUGGAAAAAGAAAGAUGUCUCCUUGGCAAAGGAUGAAAUGGACUGAUAGUAUGGUUAGGCUUCUUAUAAUGGCAGUAUUUUAUAUUGGUGAUGAGGCUGGAUCUGAAGUGAAUGAUCCCACGGGGAAAAAAAAGGCUGGUGGGUUAUCACAAAAGAAAGGGAAAUGGAAAUCUGUUUCAAGAGCAAUGAUGGAAAAAGGAUUUUAUGUAUCUCCUCAACAAUGUGAGGAUAAAUUUAAUGACUUGAAUAAAAGGUAUAAGAGGGUGAAUGAUAUACUUGGGAAAGGAACUGCUUGUAAGGUUGUGGAGAAUCAAAGUUUGCUUGAAACAAUGGAUUUGUCACCAAAAAUGAAAGAAGAAGUGAAAAAAUUGUUGAAUUCUAAACACUUGUUUUUUAGAGAAAUGUGUGCUUAUCAUAAUAGUUGCGGUCAUGGAUCGAGUGGAGUUGCUUCUGGUACUACUAAUCACUCACCAGAAGUUGCUACUGACCAAUCUCAUGCUCAACACCCACACGCAUCUCAUGUUCAGCAGCAAAGGUGUUCUCAUUCAUCUGAAAAUGCCCAACUCGCAACCAAUUCAAGGAGUGAGACUGAGGGGUCAAAAAUGGGGAGAAGGGUAAGCAAUGAAGAAGAUGAUGAAGAGGAUGAGGAAGAGAGUGAUGAUGAUGAAGAUGAUUAUGGUGAUGAUGAGGAUGAAGCAAUUGAAGGCAAUUCAAGAGGUCAAAAUGGGCAUGGACAUGGACAUGAAGAUGAAGAUGAUCAUGAAGAGAAACCUUCGCGAAAGAGGCAAAGAACUGGAAUAUUUGCUUUAUCAUCAUCUUUGAUGCAGCAAUUGAGUAGUGAAUUAGUUAGUGUUAUUCAAGACGGAGCAAAAAGUCCAUGGGAGAAGAAGCAUUGGAUGAAAGUAAGAUUAAUGGAAUUAGAAGAGCAGCAAGUGAGCUAUCAACGCCAAGCACUUGAACUUGAAAAGCAAAGGCUAAAGUGGGUGAAAUUUAGUAGCAAGAAAGAAAGGGAAAUGGAAAGAGCUAAAUUAGAGAAUGAAAGGAGGAGACUUGAAAGUGAAAGAAUGGUACUUCUUGUUAGACAGAAAGAGCUUGAAUUGCUUGAUCUUCACCAUCAUCAGCAACAGCAACAACUUUCUUCAAACAAGAGAAGUGACCCAUCUUCCAUUACUGGCUGAAUUGUAAUAUAAUAAGUUAAAUUAGAUAUUUUAAUAGAAGAAAGACGGUUGUUUUGUUUUUUUUUAAGUUUAAUACGUGAAAAUAGUUGUUUUCCUUUUCUUCAA